UCAUCAAUGAACACAUUAAGAAAUCGACAUGGCUUUCUUUGUUUGCUUCUCUCUGUUGUUGCUUCUUCUUUCAUCAUCUGCCACCGCUUGUGAUCGUUGUGUCCACCAAUCCAAGGCCUCUUUUUUCUCCAAAGCCUCUGCUCUGUCAUCUGGGGCGUGUGGUUAUGGUGAAUUGGCACUGUCGUUAAGUGCUGGAAACCUUGCAGCUGCUGUUCCUUCCAUCUUCAGAGAUGGUGCUGCUUGUGGUGCGUGUUUCCAGAUUAGAUGCAAGGCCCCAAAGCUCUGCACAAAAUCAGGAACCAGAGUGGUUCUUACUGAUCUUAACAAAGAUAACAAAACUGAUUUUGUUCUUAGCACCAGAGCCUUUCAAUCUUUGGCUCUCAAAGGAAAAGCUCAGCAUCUUCUCAACCUUGGCAUUCUUGACAUUGAAUACAAAAGGGUACCAUGUGAGUACAAAAACAAGAACCUGGCUGUUCGCGUUGAAGAAUCAAGCAAGAAGCCAAAUUACUUGGCUAUUAAAUUUUUGUAUCAAGGUGGUCAAACUGACAUUGUAGCCGUUGAUGUAGCUACGGUUGGGUCGUCAAAUUGGAGUUUCCUAAGCAGAAAUCAUGGGGCGGUGUGGGACACAAGCAGGGUUCCAGAAGGGGCAUUGCAGUUAAGGUUAGUUGUAACGGCAGGUUUUGAUGGGAAGUGGAUUUGGGCACAGAAAGAGGUUCUUCCGGCUGAUUGGAAAAAUGGUGUCAUCUAUGAUUCUGGUGUUCAAAUCACUGACAUUGCUCAAGAAGGUUGUGCCACUUGCGAUGAUGGUUCUUGGCCAUGACAUCAACAAAUUAAAUAUUACAUAUUUCUCAUCUAUUCAUAGUUAUAGAAUACUAGUCAGUAUAUAGUUAGUUAUAUACUACACUAAGUUUCAAUUUCAUUCAUUAUUAUUAUUAUGGUGGUAUAUUAUAUAGGACUAUAUAUAAUUAUAUACCCUCUACCUUGAGAAAUUAAAUUGAUAAUAAAAAUAGAUUACCUUGGGAAA